UCACGUGACAGUCCACGUGACUGUGAUUCACGUGCGUCGGCGCGACGGGGGGUGACGCGUGAAGCGAAGCCUUGUUCAGCCAUCGCCGCCGGUCUGUGCUUUGGCUGCUUCACGGCGAAUUUGUGCUCUGUCUGAUAUUUGUUCUUUGUUGUUUGUUGUUUGUUGUUUGUUGUUUUUGUAUAUCUGCUCUUCUUCUCGUUGUUGUUCUUGUUCUCCUUCUCCUCAUGUCCUUCUCCCUCUCUCGGGCACCCGGCGACUGGCUCCCGGCCUCCGCCCGUGCAAACUGGUCCGCACGCUUCAAGAGCUCCGCAGACUCCUCCUCCUCCGACCGCAACAUCACAGUCUCUCUCUCGCGCUACAGCUCACACUCCCGCGGCAACUCGCGCUCUGUCUCACCCGUAUUAUACGCCUCCGGCGACUCGGACGCGCUCGAGCGGAAUCAGAAUGGCGACGCCGACGCCGACGCCGACGACGACGAGUCCUUUGAUCGCUCGAGCAAGAAACGGCGCCAGCGACACCUGCCGUUCUCGAUCCUGCCCGCGCGCAAACGAGUGACAGGCAUUCACCAGCUCAUUGCCGCGAUUGUCGGCGUCUGGCUCGCGAUUGUCGUCGUCCUCACAUGCACAGACCGCGUGAGCGCAGACUACGACCCCCUACGUCUGACGAUCCACAACACAAAAAAGCUCGUGAGCCCGCUCGAUAGUCGGCUCGUGUACGUCGGCAGAUGGUCGCGCAACAAGGCCUCGGGAUCGGCCUCGGGCCUUCUUGCCUCGACGUUCUUCCAGGGCGGCUACGUCGACGUCGCGUUCACGGGCACGUCGCUCGGAAUCCACCUGGGGAACUUCAAGGAGCCCGUCACGGUCUCGGUCAAGAUUGACGACGCGAGGAGUUUCACUGUCGUACCCUACGGACGCGAGGUGAUCUCGCUCGCGCAAAACCUGUCGCCGAGUACAAGGCAUGUCGCGCGCGUGAUGUUUGGCGGCCAGGCGCAGAGGACUGAUAUCGAGGCAUUUUACGUCGACAUGGAGGCUACCCUUGUCGAGGUGCCAAAGCCAAAGACAAAAAUUAUUGAGAUUGUUCAGGACACCUACAACUCGUCACAUCUGGAUGCGCUGAGCUGGCCAUAUCUGGUAGCCGACUCGUUGGGCGCCGACAGAGUGUUUAUCCCCGCGCCAGGCAUGUGCAUCUCCAACUGCCCCGACAACAUCAUGGCGCUCGACAAGUUCUACUUCCUCGGCAGUCUCGCCGCGUCGCGGUCGAUGCCAAAGUACUGGCACUUUGACCAGCAGCCGCAGCCGAGCCUGGUGAUUCUCGACAUUGGCACUGCGACCAAGCAGCUCAUCGACCAGAAGCUGAUGUACCGCACUCUGCUCCCACAAGACGCGACAAAGACGUACCGCGACGCGGUCGAGAACUACAUCCGCCAGAUCCGCAAGAAGGCAUACAAGCACGUGCCGAUCAUCAUCCUACGGCCGUUCAAGGGCGCGCUCGAGAUCGAGAUGCUGACGGUCGCGCAGAACCUGCGGGCGGCGGGCGACAAGAACAUACACUGGGUCGACACGACGGCGUGGGCACUUGACACCGACGACGAGAACACGCAGCAGGAGCGCAAGGCAGCGUACCUGAUGCAGCACGUGUGCUCAUUCCUGAAGCCGGAGGAGGAGUGCGACUUUCUGCGGCCGUUCGAGGGCCGGUCGACGAGCAAGGAGGACGAGUAGUGUAAAUAGUAUGACAUAAUCGAUUACAUAAAAGA